CGUCGCUCGCGUCUGCGCGGUGCCGGCUCUCGGGAAACUUCUGCGGGGCCUGUGAGCCGGGCGGAAACGGUGUGGAGGGGGAGCGGGCUCGGACAACACUUUCCUUCGUGUGUGGAGUAGCAGCGGUGCUGCUGGAGGAUUCCGUACAGAAUGCCAGCUCUUAGUUGUCGAUUUUACCAACACAAAUUUCCAGAAGUGGAAGAUGUGGUGAUGGUAAAUGUCCGUUCCAUUGCCGAGAUGGGUGCCUAUGUAAGCCUCCUAGAAUACAACAACAUUGAAGGCAUGAUUCUCCUCAGUGAGCUUUCAAGGAGACGUAUCCGAUCCAUCAACAAACUUAUUCGCAUUGGUAGAAAUGAAUGUGUAGUCGUAAUCAGAGUGGAUAAAGAGAAAGGCUACAUUGAUCUGUCCAAGCGUCGAGUUUCACAAGAAGAAACCAUAAAAUGUGAAGACAAGUUUACCAAAUCCAAGACUGUGUACAGUAUUUUGCGCCAUGUGGCCGAAGUACUUGAGUACACGAAAGAUGAGCAGCUAGACUCCCUAUUUCAGAGAACAGCUUGUUUUGAUGAGAAGUACCGGAGGCCUGUUGGAGCUUAUGAUGCAUUUAAACAUGCAGUUUUCGUAAACCCUACCAUUCUGGACAGUCUUGACUUGACAGAAGAAGAGCGGGGUGUAUUACUUGAAAAUAUUAGACGGCGUCUGACCCCACAGGCUGUUAAAAUUCGAGCAGAUAUUGAAGUUGCAUGUUACGGAUAUGAAGGUAUUGAUGCUGUGAAAGAGGCGCUUCGAGCUGGUCUAGAAUGUUCUACAGAAAGCAUGCCCAUUAAGAUAAAUCUCAUAGCUCCUCCAAGAUACGUUAUGACUACCACAACACUUGAGCGUACAGAAGGUCUUUCUGUUCUAAACCAAGCCAUGUCUGCAAUUAAAGAACGUAUAGAGGAGAAAAGAGGAGUUUUCAACAUUCAGAUGGAGCCCAAGGUGGUUACAGAUACCGAUGAGACAGAAUUGGCUAGACAACUUGAGCGACUGGAGCGGGAAAAUGCUGAAGUUGACGGAGAUGAUGAUGCAGAUGAAAUGGAAGCAAAAAAUGAGGAUUAAAUACUUUCUGGAUUCUGGAAAUUGAUAAGACGAGACAAAUUCCAUUCAAAAUUCAGACUCCAAAGCUAUCAGUAUUGGGUGUAUCCAAAAUACUUCAUACACACAUUUGAUUUCUCAUUUAGCUAACAUGACUGGAAAUUGUUCUGAAUCUUUUAGUAUCCAACAUAAAACAAACCAGGUUAAUCUUAUUUUUUUGGAAGGCUGUAACUGCUAGAGUUUUUAAAAAUGUUAGGCACUCAACUUGCUCCUUACUGUUAAAUUUCCAGCAGGUCUCUUUCCAAGUGAAACUCCAGAAAAUCACUAAUUGAAACUUAACAAGUAUGUGGUUCUCUGGAGGAGAGGAAGUUUUAUUUCUCAAAGAUUGUAUUCAGAACAUCUAACAAAAAAAAAUAAACAUUGGCAAAAUGGCCUUUUUGUUUGCA